AUGAAUGAGAAACAAAUUCUCGGCGUUGCUGGUAGCAGUAAUGAUGUACACCUUAUGACAUUAGAAUAUUAUAACGAACAUAAAGAUGAACUGAAAGGAGAGAAGGGUGACACCGGACCACAAGGAAUACAAGGAAUACAAGGAAUACAAGGAAUACAAGGACCUCAAGGCGAAAACGGUUUGGAUGGAAAGGAUGGAAAGGAUGGAAAAACUGCUAAAUCAUGGAUAUGGGACCUUAUAAAUACUGGUUUAACAGCUGCUUCAUAUGGAGUUCUUCAAUACCAAAUCGGAAAGAUAUGGGCAGUACUUGGUGAAGAAGCUUUAGAUGACGUUAAAAAUGCUUUGAACUUCAUUUCAAAUGGUUCGGAUACUAUUAAAACUUUAUCUGGUUGGAUGCAAGAAACAAGGAGUCAAAUAGAUACUGUAAGACGUAUAGCAAACAAUGCACGUACGGGAUUGGAUACUUUACGAGAAGCACAAAAUACACUAAAGGAAGCAAAUGAUAUUCUUGGCUCAGUAUCAGACAUGCAUGAAGAUUGGCUUAAAGGUAUUGACAAAUCUUUAAAAAAUCACAGUCAGUCUAUUGCUGACUACAAGAAAAGUAUAGAUUUUUUACAUAGUGCUAUGGACGUACAUGAUGGAAGCAUAAGGAACUUACUUAAUGCUAACAAUAACUUACCAGGAACUAUUAAAGCAUUUAUAAAGUCCUUUGUAAAACCCGGUGCUCUAACAUUUAGGUCUUUGAGAGCAAGAGCAUUGAAGUCAAGAGAUGCAGAAACUCCAGAAGAACCCCCAAAACCAACAGCUAAUGAAAUAUUGUUCGAAUAUUUUCCAAGGUACUCUGUUCUCAUUGCAUACAUUCAAGAAAUACUUAAGAAAGCAGACUUGACUUUAGGAGAUGAUGAAAGUUCUGUAUAUCUUUCGUUCCAGUUUCAAAUAGCAGAACUUUUGAGACAGAUAUGCUUAAUGUAUGACAACAUCUCUGAUUUCACAAGAUAUGAUGACGACCAUGAUCCCGAACACGGUGAAGAAGAAGUUUUACAAACAUCCAUUAAGACAGGAAAGGUUUUAACUCAAAGUCUCAUUAUUGACACCAAAGAUGGCGAAGUGGACGUUCUUCAAGAGCUGAAGAAAAAUACUUCUUCGGGAGGUGGUG